AUGGCAACUGUGACUGCUUCUCACUUUGUGUCAAGAACCUCACUUGUCAGCAACCAUGGAGCUUCGGGCUCUGAAGCUAACGCCAAUCUGUUUCAGAUCACCUUGAAGUGUCAAUCCAUGACUCACUGUGGGUUAAGGUCUUUUAACAUAGUUGAUAGGCUUCAGAGGAGAUCUCAAGCUAAAGCUGUUUCUGCUAAAUCCUCAAAGGGAUCGCAACAGAACGCUUCUAAAGUUAAACAUGCUGGUAAGAUUGUGUGUGAGAAAGGGAUGUCUGUGGUCUUUAUUGGAGCUGAGGUUGGUCCAUGGAGCAAAACCGGUGGCCUUGGUGAUGUCCUCGGCGGUCUGCCUCCGGCUCUAGCUGCUAGAGGCCACCGUGUGAUGACGAUAUGCCCUCGGUAUGACCAAUACAAAGAUGCUUGGGACACUUGUGUCGUGGUUCAGAUCAAAGUUGGGGAUACAGUUGAGAAUGUCCGUUUCUUUCAUUGCUACAAACGAGGAGUUGAUCGUGUCUUUGUUGACCAUCCAAUCUUCCUUGCAAAGGUUAUGGGAAAAACAGGAUCCAAAAUCUAUGGCCCUGUUACUGGAGUAGACUACACUGACAACCAACUCCGGUUCAGUUUGUUGUGUCUGGCUGCUCUUGAGGCACCUCAGGUUCUGAACCUGAACAGCAGCAAGUAUUUCUCUGGACCAUAUGGGGAAGAUGUGGUCUUUGUUGCCAACGACUGGCACACUGCUCUCCUUCCGUGUUACCUCAAGUCUAUGUAUCAAUCACGCGGUGUCUACAUGAAUGCAAAGGUUGUCUUCUGCAUUCACAACAUAGCCUACCAGGGAAGAUUUGCCUUUGAAGACUAUUCUUUUCUCAAUUUGCCCAACAGCUUUAAGAGCUCUUUCGACUUCAUGGACGGGUAUGAAAAGCCGGUAAAAGGACGGAAGAUCAACUGGAUGAAGGCCGCUAUUCUGGAAGCAGAUCGUGUCUUAACAGUUAGUCCAUACUAUGCGCAAGAACUCAUCUCUGGAAUCGAUAGAGGCGUGGAAUUGCAUAAAUACCUUCGUAUGAAAACAGUAUCUGGAAUUAUUAAUGGAAUGGACGUUCAAGAAUGGAACCCAGCCACUGACAAGUACAUUGAUAUCAAAUACGAUAUUACCACGGUUACGGAUGCUAAGCCAUUGAUCAAAGAAGCACUUCAGGCUGCUGUUGGUCUUCCAGUGGACAGGGAUGUCCCAGUUAUCGGUUUCAUUGGGAGACUGGAAGAGCAAAAGGGCUCUGAUAUUCUAGUGGAAGCUAUUUCCAAGUUCAUUGGGCUCAAUGUUCAGAUGGUUAUCCUUGGAACCGGUAAGAAGAAGAUGGAGGCUCAGAUUCUGGAACUGGAAGAGAAAUUCCCAGGGAAAGCAGUUGGAGUAGCGAAAUUCAACGUGCCAUUGGCUCAUAUGAUCACUGCAGGAGCUGACUUCAUCAUUGUCCCGAGCAGGUUUGAGCCGUGUGGUCUCAUUCAGCUGCACGCAAUGAGAUAUGGAACAGUCCCUAUUGUGGCAUCUACUGGUGGACUUGUGGACACUGUUAAAGAUGGUUACACAGGUUUCCACAUUGGAAGAUUCAACGUGAAGUGUGAAGUUGUGGACCCAGAUGAUGUGAUUGCAACAGCAAAGGCUGUGGCUAGAGCCGUUGGAGUGUACGGAACAUCCGCCAUGAAAGAGAUGGUCAAGAACUGUAUGGACCAAGACUUCUCCUGGAAGGGACCUGCGAGAUUGUGGGAGAAGGUACUAUUGUCACUAGAUGUUUCCGGAAAUGAAGCUGGAAUCGACGACGGUGAAGAGAUUGCUCCUCUGGCGAAGGAGAACGUUGCGACGCCUUGA